AUGGAAGAAACUAAGAGUGGAGAUAUAGUGAAAGUAGAAAAGGACGAAUUCUUCCCUGCAGAUCUUCUAUUGCUUUCAUCCAGCUACGAUGAUGCAAUUCGCUAUGUUGAAACAAUGAAUCUUGAUGGCGAAACACAGAUUCCAAGCUUCGAUUCACAAAUUACAUCUAUGGCACCCCUGCAACUCCACCGGCCGUCGGACACAAACAAGCCAUCGAUUGCAACUUUUUUGCUUUCAUUUCACCUCCGUCGAGUCAACCAGGCACCGAAAGGCUUCCCACUUUUCUGA